AUGGCAAGACAAAAGAUGUUUUAUAACAAAUUACUCGGCAUGCUCAGCGUAGGAUUCGGGUUUGCUUGGGCGCUCGAGAACAUUACUAUAUACGAAUUUGACUUUGGCAAGGGCAUUCUCGAUCAAAGCUACGGCGGUGUAUUUUCAAACAACGGCCCUUCGCAAGUGCAGCUGCGGGAUGCAGUCUUGAUGAAUGGGACAGUGGUAUACGAUUCAAACGGCGCUUGGGACAGUAGUGCGCUGGAGGAAUGGCUCCAGGGACAGAAAAAAGUUUCCAUCGAAAAAAUAUUUGAAAAUAUUGGGCCCAGCGCCGUGUAUCCGUCUAUUUCGCCUGGGGUCGUGAUUGCGUCACCAUCGCAAACGCAUCCAGACUACUUCUACCAAUGGAUAAGGGACAGCGCGUUGACGAUAAACAGUAUUGUCUCUCAUUCUGCGGGCCCGGCAAUAGAGACGUUAUUGCAGUACCUGAACGUUUCAUUCCACUUGCAAAGAAGCAACAACACAUUGGGCGCUGGCAUUGGUUACACUAACGAUACAGUGGCUUUGGGAGACCCUAAGUGGAACGUCGACAACACGGCUUUCACGGAAGAUUGGGGUCGUCCUCAAAACGAUGGGCCUGCUCUUCGAAGCAUUGCCAUCUUAAAAAUCAUCGACUACAUCAAGCAAUCUGGCACUGAUCUGGGGGCCAAGUACCCAUUCCAGUCCACCGCAGAUAUCUUUGAUGAUAUUGUACGUUGGGACCUGAGGUUCAUUAUUGACCACUGGAAUUCUUCCGGAUUUGAUCUAUGGGAGGAAGUCAAUGGCAUGCAUUUCUUUACUUUACUGGUACAACUGUCUGCAGUGGACAAGUCGCUGUCGUAUUUUAACGCCUCAGAACGGUCGUCUCCCUUUGUUGAAGAAUUGCGUCAGACACGCCGGGACAUCUCCAAGUUUUUAGUGGACCCUGCGAAUGGGUUUAUCAACGGCAAGUACAAUUAUAUUGUUGGGACACCCAUGAUUGCCGACACAUUGAGAUCCGGACUGGACAUAUCCACUUUAUUAGCUGCGAACACCGUCCACGAUGCGCCAUCUGCUUCCCAUCUUCCGUUCGAUAUCAAUGACCCUGCCGUCCUGAACACGUUGCACCAUUUGAUGUUGCACAUGCGUUCGAUAUACCCCAUCAACGAUAGCUCCAAAAAUGCAACGGGUAUUGCCCUGGGCCGGUAUCCUGAGGACGUAUAUGAUGGAUAUGGCUUUGGCGAGGGAAAUCCCUGGGUCCUGGCCACGUGUACCGCUUCAACAACGCUUUAUCAGCUCAUUUACAGACACAUCUCUGAGCAGCAUGACUUGGUUGUCCCAAUGAACAACGAUUGUUCGAACGCAUUUUGGAGCGAGCUGGUAUUCUCCAACCUCACGACUUUGGGAAAUGACGAAGGCUAUUUGAUUUUGGAGUUCAAUACACCUGCCUUCAAUCAAACCAUACAAAAAAUCUUCCAACUAGCUGAUUCAUUCUUGGUCAAGCUGAAAGCUCACGUGGGAACAGACGGGGAACUAAGUGAACAAUUUAACAAAUACACAGGGUUUAUGCAGGGUGCCCAACACCUUACCUGGUCCUAUACUUCAUUCUGGGAUGCCUAUCAAAUAAGACAAGAAGUUUUACAGAGUUUGUAG